AUGGUGGUGUGUAGUUUCUUCCAGCAGGGUCGCUGCAAGUUCGGAGACCGCUGCAAGUUUGAGCAUCCUGGACGCACCACUGCCGGCGCAUCGGGCAACCGCUUUGGCGCUCUUUCUGGAGGCUUCGGAGGCCAAAACACGGCCCAGAGCCAACAAUCAACAGACUAUGGCGUGAAUGCCAACGACAUUAAAAUCGACCUCACUGCAGGCAAGGGUCGGCCAGAAUGGGUGUUUUCUGCUUAUGCUCCAAAUAACAAAGUCCCACGGCAACUCUUCGGUGGCCCCCAGCGUGAGCAGAGCAUGGAGGAGCUGCGUCUCCGCCACUACGAACUAGCAGCGGCUGGAAACCUGAACCAGGCUAUUCAGGAGGCCCAGGCCUUGUGGCAGGAGUCCGUGAGCCAGAUAGACAUUGCCCUCAGCGAUGUUAACGGUGCCAUAAAGUAUAUUGUCGAUGGGGCAAACGAGCACCCCAAUCGAAUCGACAUUUGCCAGGGCAUAACUGGGCCCCAAGCAAACCAGAGUACACCAUUCGGCCAACCUUCAGCCCCUGCCACAUCUACUGGUGCCUUCGGGAACCCCACACCCUCAGUCCCCUCAGCAUUCGGAAAGCCUGGGUUCGGGCAGCCACCUGCGCAACCUUCACCAUUUGGGCAACCUUCGGCAUCCGGAAACCCGUCUCCGUUCGGGCAGCCCUCUGCCCUAGGAGCGCAAUCCGCAUUUGGGAAACCGUCUACUCUGGGGGCGGGAACUGCCUUCGGCCAACCAUCAAACCUCGGGGCCCAAAGUGGGCUUGGUAAACCGGCGUUUGGAACGUCAGGUUUCGCUCAAGCAGCAAACCAGCCCGCAUUCGGACAGACUGGCUUUGGGAGUCCUUCUCAGCCAGCAACAGGAGGAGCCGCCCCCUUUGGCGCCCCAUCAGCUACCUCGCCCUUUGGCCAAAUCCAGCAGCAGCAGCAACCGCAGCAACCGGUUCCAUUUGGUCAACCCUCUGCCCCUGCAAACCCAUUUGGAGCUUCCGCACAGCAACCGGCUUCUGGCUUCGGCCAACCAUCUGGCGGCGGUGGUUUCGGGCAGCCUUCACAGACAGCGUCACCAUUCGGGCAGCCACAGCAGCCUCAGCAGCCUCAGCAGCCACAGCAAGCACAACCCACCCCAUUCGGCCAGCCUGCAGCUUCCUCAAACCCAUUCGGGGCCCCGGCACAGCAAGCUGCAGCUCCUUCACCAUUUGGUCAGCCCGCAGCUCCACAGGGUGUGCCUGUCCAGGAGACAAACAGUGGCCCGCGGGCAUUCAUCAAGAUCGACAACCCGAAUGAAUUGAACCCUCUUCCUGACCUCCAGGGUCAAACAAUGCGCAACCCCAACACCCGACAAUUGACGAUGUGGAAAGGACGUCCAGUCAAGUACAUCAACGACGCGCCCUGCUACCUUCACCCCCAAGACAAUCGGACCUUUGUCCGCAUCAACUUCCCUGAUGGACCGCCCGAAGAGGCCGCACUGCGUGAUUCCCAAGGCAAGCCAGAGGAAUACACCCCCGAGAUCGAGCAGAUGUACAAGUUCUACCUUGAUAAUGGAUACUUCAAGGACGGUGUAAUCCCAGCAGUGCCGCCGAAGAGAGAAUGGAUCAGCUUUGACUUUUGA